GUUCUUCUGCUUCUUAUCAGCACUGCAGGAUGGGAAGUCUGGGCUCAGCAAUGCAGUAAGUGUUUUUGGUGGAGCUGAAGGAGGAAGUGGUUCAAUGACUUGCACCUUCACAUCUCCUGGAAACACCGUGUUCUUCUGUAAAGGAGAAUGUAAAGACGACGGUAUUCUCAUUAAAACAGAAGAUAGCAUGGCUCGGAGCGGCAGAUUCAGCGUCAGGUAUAAAGACGGACCUUCUGGCAGAAGACAAGUGACUGUGACCAUCACACAGCUCAAGAAGUCGGACGCAGGAGGGUACAUAUGUGGUUUGGGUGGAUCUUCGGUCCCAGAUGUUUAUGAUGACUUUCACCUCAUGAUUACAGACGAAGCGACGUUGGGUUCAAACGAUACUUUCAUCCUUACAGAAAUUGUGGGAAGAAACGUCACAGUGACAUGCAGGGCUGCUGUGCAUAACGGAACGAGGUUCUUCUGUAGAGGUGAAUGUACAAAAGAAGAAGAUACCCUGCUUGAAAUACAAAGUACAGUAGCUCAAAGUGGCAGAUACGGCAUUGAAUUUAAAAAAGGAAGAGACUAUGGACUGCAUGUGACCAUCAGAAAGCUGGAGAAGUCGGACACAGGAUGGUACAAGUGUGGUUACGGAAAUCCUUUGGCUCCACUUUCAGUCUACUCGUUCCCGAUCAUUGUUGUAGACGCUCCUCCCACUCCAGCACCAAAACGGACUCCUGCACCGGUUACCACCUCGGUCCCAUCAGCCUCCACAUCACCAACACAGAACCUCCCUGAAACCACCAACCGGCCUAAAGCUACAGCUGCAACCACUGAAGAGUCAAACUGGAUCUUCCAAACGUUCCCACCAUCCGUCCCGUCGGCCUCCACGGCAGCAGCAGAGAGUUUAACCUCCAGCUCAGGAAGCUUCACACCUUCAUCCCCUGAGCCCACCGAGCCCGCCACAGGUUCAGUCUCUCACAGACUCUCUGGCCCCGCCCUCGUCCUGCCUCUGGUUGUGUGUGCGCUCUUAGCCGCUGCGUCUGGGGCGGUUCUGCUCUACAAACGGAGGAACAGGAGGAACUCUGAUCCGAGCAGCAAGAAUGUGGAGGUCCCGGUCAUCUAUGAGAAGUUGGGUCACGUCCCCAAACCCGCCGACUCCAGCUGUCAGAUCCGGAGGGACUAGAAGCAAACUGAAACACUCACAGUGCUGUUUUUAUAUUAUAUUAUAUUAUAUUACAUUACAUUACAGUAUAUUAUAUUAUAUUAUUUUAUAUUAUUAACCAGCUAAUCCGUCACUUUGGUUGUGAAUUGUGUUUUAAACAGAAUAUUAUAUUAAUUCAUUGGUUAAGUUAAAUUGUAAUGAAAGUUAAAUGUUAGUCACAGUAGUUUCACCCUGAUGUAACAGCAGAGUCCUGAAAGUCCUGAAAGAACUUUAUUAAUAAUUAUCUAACCUGUUUAUUGCAUGUGCACAUUUAUAUAUUUAGUUAUUACAGCGAGUUACUGUUUAAGCUCCAUUGCUGCAUAACACAUAUAACACAUGUAACACAUGUAAAACAUAUAAAACAAACCUUUGAUUCAAAUUAA